UCCUACCUCCGUAGGCCUCCUCCCCUCCGGUAAACCGGCCACCUACAACAAGUUUGACAGCUCAGCUCUCUCUCCGUGCUCACACGCAGAACAGCAGCGACAGCAGCGGCCACAGGCAGCCGGACUCUCCUCCACCCGGGGAUACAUUUCUCCUUCCUUCUCUCUCUGUUUUCUCUUUUUUGUUGUUGUUGUUGUCGUUGUUGGUAUGUGUGCGUCUUGCGUCUCCUGCUUGAUAUGAAGAAUUUCAUGUGACCGUAGGUUUGGUCACUAUUACCCUUUUUUAUUUUUUUUAUUUUUUUAAAAACUUUUUUUUACUUUUUGUAUUUUUUUUUUUUCUUUCUUUCUUUCUUGGGCUGCUUAAGGGACCUAAGUUAAACAUGUCGAGGAGCGCGGAGGAGGUGAACAAGCUAACCGAAAGCACAUACAAGAAUGUGAUGGAACAGUUCAACCCAGGACUGAGGAACCUGGUCAACCUGGGCAAGAACUAUGAGAAAUCGGUGGCUGCAAUGACCCUGGCGGGAAAGUUGUAUUUUGAUGCAGUGUCUAAGAUUGGGGAGAAUGCCGCAGUGUCUCCCGUCUCCAGAGAACUAGGUGUAGUGCUAAUGGAAAUUUCAGAGGUCCAGAGGAAGGUUCAUCUGGAGCUGGAAGAAAAUUUUAAGAGGUUCCACAGGGAGAUAGUAGCCGAGCUGGAGAGAAAGACCGACAUGGAUGUCAAGUACAUGACAGCCACAUUUAAGAGGUAUCAGACGGAGCACAAGAUGAAGCAGGACUCUCUGGAGAGGUCCCAGUCAGACCUGAAGAAGCUGAGGAGAAAGAGCCAGGGCAAGAACGCCAACAAGUACGAAAACAAGGAGAGCGAGUGCCUGGAAACAUUGACGAGCCGUCAGACGGACAUGCAGUUGUUCAUCGCAGACGGCUGUAAGGAGGCUCUGCUGGAGGAGAAGAGACGCUUCUGUUUCCUGGUAGACAAGCACUGUGUGUUCUCCUACCAGAUCGCUUCCUUCCAUGACAAGGCCAGAGACAUGCUGACGGCAAAGCUGAGCAGCUGGCAGGACCAGUGCAACAGUGCCACCGACAUGCCGGAGAGCAUCUUGUCAAUGAUCGAGGGACUACGGAUGCCGGUCUCCAUCACACCGCUGCCCUCUCCCUCGCCGUCACAGCGCAGCGUGAACAUGGCUGCUCCCCCGGCUCCACCUCUGAAGCCUCAGACCAGCCCUCUGGCUAACAUGUUCACCCAGGAGAACAACACUACCAAUGUAACCACCAGUACCAACAACAGCACAGAUCAUGGGAACAGUGAGGAGAGCAGUCUCGCCAGGUCCGUGUCUGUCGCGACGGGCCUCAACAAUAUGGUGAAGAGGCCACGCGUGCGCACCAUCUUCCCCCACACUGCCAACAACAACAGCGUACUGCUCAGCUUUGACGAGGGAGACGUCAUCAUCCUGCUCAUCCCUGAUGAGAGAGACGGGUGGAUGUACGGCGAGCUGGAGAAGAACAGAAAGAGGGGCUGGUUCCCUUCAUCUUACUGCCUUGCACUCUCCGAGCCACUCGUUAAUAACAACAGUGUGUCUGUUGCACCGCACCGCAGCAGAAGCGUGGUCAACCUGCACCAUCAGGACACAGAGACAGACGAGGCGACCAUGGUGCUCCCCCCGGCGGACUAUUGUGACACCCUGCAGCGCAGCACCAUGAAGAACAACAUCUCGUCCACCAGCACCAUCGUCUCCACAAAUAACAACCACAAGCACUCCCCCACGCCCUCCUCUGCCUCCUCGUCUGAUCAGAGCACGGCAGUCCAGCCUAAUGGCGUCUCAAGACCUCCACCCGCUUACUUGGCGGGAGGGAACCCUUUCGCCACAAUCAGGCUACGUCCAACCGUUACCAACGACCGCUCCGCACCGGUCAUCUGAUCUGUCCACAUGUCCGCCCAUCCUUGAUUCCCACAGCUCCUCAUCAGCCUUCCUGCGUCAUCUACCCGGGACAUGCAGCUCUGCCCUGCCUUAGCAGUCCAGCAGCUGCUCCGGGUCUGGAUGAAAUCAGAUAAAACUGGACCAGCACUGAGAAAACAAAAUGCCAUUUGAAUCUGGGAUCCCCUUACUGCUGCAACCCCCCAUAUGAAAGUAUUUUGGGACCAUUUUAUUCACAGAACAGAUACUCAUAUAUUUAAAACUAUGUAUUUUCUGUGUCUGUUUUUGUCCUUCUGUGUGUGGUGGUGAUAUGUCAAUGACCACAUUCUUACCUGCACUUGAGAGAUAAAUGAAUAAAAAGGGGCAAAGAAAUAACUGCUAUGUAUUUUUGCUGUUCCUGUAGCUUGUGCACCGUCAAACGACUGUUAGGAGUCAUUUCUCUUGCCAUAGGACAGUAGAGGAAUGUAGUGUAAGGGACCUCUGCAUUUCAGCUUCAGGUCCUUAUGACAAUGUUGCAACUCAGUGUUGAUACUAAAAUGAUGUUGACUAUUGCAGUGAGGAGAGAAAAUUGCAAACAUUUAAAGAGAGGCAUCCAAAGAGGCUCACAAGUGGACCUAUCCUUAAGUCCCUUUUGUAUAUAAAUUUGAACUGACGCUAUAAAUAUUGUCCUUUGCCAUCUAACUUAAGUUUUUGUAGAGCUAGACGAUCAUGGAGACAGGACUGUUGCCUUAAUGACACAUACAUACCUACUGUCGAAUAUCAUUUACCUGUUGCAUCCUUCAGAUUAUGGACAUGAGUUGUGACAUUCACCUCAUCUUCACAUACACAGUGCAAUCACGUCUGCUUUAAUAAAUACUCGCGGCAUUUUAAGACCAGUUUGUACUCUUUUUUUUUUUUUUUUUGGUCUUUGGCCCACAUUGCACCCUUAAUAGAAU